AUGGCAUCAAACAUCCUUCUCAACUCCCUAACCUCCGCCUCGCUCCUCCCCUCCCCCAUAAUCCCCACCUCCUUCACCCCCACCGUAAACCUCAGCAUAUCCUACCCCUCCAUCUCGCCCUCAAACGGCAGCUUUGUGCGCGUCAGCCAAGUCGCACACACCCCCAAGAUCUCAAUCAGCCCUUCCUCCCCAUCCGACUCGGAGUCGUAUACGCUGAUGCUCAUCGACCCGGACGCGCCGACCCCCGCUGAUCCAAAAUUCGCAUAUUGGCGGCAUUGGGUCGUGUGCCACAUUCCCUCUACCUCUUCUACCAACAUCUCCGAGUCUGGCGUCACACUCACGAAAUAUCUGCCGCCGGGGCCGAAGGAUGAGAGCGGGCCGCAUCGGUAUUUAUUCCUGCUUUUCAGGGAGCCGGCGGGGGUGGAGUUGGGGAAGGAGGAUGUAGGUGGGGAAGAGUUUGUGGAGAGGAGGAGUUUUGGGGCGGCGGAGUGGGUGGAGAGGCAUGGGUUGGAGUUGGUGGGGGUGCAGUGGAUGAGGGGGGUCGGGGAUGGGUGGGUUGGGGAGGAGAAGGAUGAGUUGUAG